AGUCAGCGCGCGCGCGGCGGCUCCAGGGCCCGCCGGUGCCGAUGCCGAGGAGCAGCUGACGGCGGCGGGGACGCGGAAAUGGAGCCGCGGCCGGGCCGGGCCGUGCGGGCGCUGUGCGGCCUCUUCCUCCUGGCUCUCCUCCUGCUCCUGCAGCAUCCCGGCCGCGCCGAGCGGGCCCCCGGCUCCCACCUGGACGACUCGGCCAUCGCAGAGUUCUGCCGCAUCGACAAGGCGCUGUGCCACGACGAGGACGAGCAGCUGAGCUUCGAGGCCGUGCGCAACAUCCACAAGCAGAUGGACGACGAUGCCAACGGCAACGUGGACGUGGAGGAGAGCGACGAGUUCUUGAGGGAAGACUUGAAUUACCAUGACCCAGCAGUCAAGCACAGCACUUUCCAUGGAGAAGACAAGCUCAUCAGUGUGGAGGAUCUCUGGAAGGCCUGGAAAACAUCUGAAGUGUACAACUGGACAGUGGAUGAGGUGGUGCAGUGGCUCAUCUCCUACGUGGAGCUGCCCCAGUACGAGGAGACCUUCCGGAAACUGCAGCUGAGCGGCCACGCCAUGCCCAGGCUGGCAGUGAACAAUGUCACCAUGAUGGGCACGGUGCUCAAGAUGACCGACCGCAGCCACCGGCAGAAGCUGCAGCUCAAGGCUCUGGACACGGUGCUCUUCGGGCCUCCUCUCUUGACACGUCACAACCACCUCAAGGACUUCAUGCUGGUGGUGUCCAUCGUCAUCGGCGUGGGCGGCUGCUGGUUCGCCUACAUCCAGAACCGCUACUCCAAGGAGCACAUGAAGAAGAUGAUGAAGGACCUGGAGGGUCUUCACAGGGCUGAGCAGUCUCUCCAUGACCUGCAGGAGAGGCUGCAGAAGGCUCAGGAGGAGCACCGCUCCGUGGAGGUGGAGAAGGUGCACCUGGAGAAGAAGCUGCAGGACGAGAUCAGCAUUGCCAAGCAGGAGGCACACCGGCUGCGGGAGCUGCGCGAGGGCACCGAGAAUGAGCUCAGCCGGCAGAAAUACGCUGAGCAGGAGCUGGAGCAGGUGCGGAUGGCUCUGAAGAACGCUGAGAAGGAGCUGGAGUCCCACAGCAGCUGGGCUGCCCCCGAGGCCCUGCAGAAGUGGCUGCAGCUGACACACGAGGUGGAGGUGCAGUACUACAACAUCAAGAAGCAGAACGCAGAGAAGCAGCUGCUGGUGGCCAAGGAAGGGCUCUCAGCACAAUCCCUGCUGCAGGCUGAAAAGAUCAAAAAGAAGCGAAACACCCUUUUUGGGACGUUCCAUGUUGCUCACAGUUCCUCUCUGGAUGAUGUUGAUCAUAAAAUCUUAACUGCAAAACAAGCCCUGAGCGAGGUGACGGCGGCGCUGCGGGAGCGGCUGCACCGCUGGCAGCAGAUCGAGCUGCUCUGCGGCUUCCAGAUCGUCAACAACCCCGGCAUCCCCUCGCUGGCCUCGGCCCUCAACAUCGACCCGGGCUGGAUGGGCACGCCCCGGCCCAACCCCUCCCACUUCAUCAUCACCGACGACGUGGAUGACCUGGACGAGGAGCUGGUGUCACCCAUGUCCAUCCAGUAUGCAGCCUGGCUUUUUGGGCGCAGGUUCAGCGACCGCUCCUCGCUGUCCUCGGAGGAUCAGUCCCUCUGGAAGUACCCUGCUCCGGCCUUGCCCAGCACAGUCCGGCAGCGCCUGGUGGAGCCGCAGCACGGCCACGGAUCGCAGAGGUUGGUAGAGGGUCCCGUGCCGGGGCAGCCCGAGCCCGGCGCCGCGGCCCCGGCGCGGCCGGGCCGAGUGUCCCUGCGCCGAAUGCACAGCCUGAGCUCCGGACAGUCCUUCAGCUGCGACCCGCCCGGCUCCAGCCCAUCGCCUGCCUCCACCUCCUGCACCUCCUGCUCCUCAUCCACCACCACCGCUGCUCCUGCUUGCCAUGUCCACCCUAUCUAUUACCAUCACACCACCUCUUAUUUCCUCCAGAUGGAUUCCAUCCCCGACCUGCCCCCUCCUGAUGUCACCUCUGGAGUUCGCUGUCGCACUGGGAGCUUUGGAGAUUUAACUCGCUGCGACUCCGACUCCUCCAUCCCGCACCUGAGCGACCACCAGCGCAUCCCCAGCUCGGCGCCCAAGCUGCUGGCUGCCCGGCCCACGCUGCUGACCAGGUCCAUGGAGGAGGCCGUGCCCGUGGCCCCGGGCCCCGCCGUGCCCACCCCCAACGGCGGCAGCCGGCACGGGGAGCCCCCCGCCCUGGCGGCUUUGCAGGAGCGGCUGCCCGAGAGCCCCAUGGUGAUGAAGAAGAUGAUGAUGGUGAACCACGGCAUGGAGAAGUCCUCCAGCCUGGGGGAGAUCAGCCACCCGACGGCCGGCAAGCCCAGCCACUCGGAUUCGUCGCGGUCUCACAGCCCCAGCUCCACCGAGCCCGACACCCCCUCCCCCAUCUCUGACUGCCGGCCCAGCGGCGCCAGGAACACCCGCAUCCCGCAGCUGGCCGCCAAGAAGAGCCCGGGGGACGAGGACAGCAGCCUCACGGGCGACGAGGUUGACCCCGGCCAGAGCAAGAAAAAGUUCCCCCUAAAGAUCUUCAAGAAGCCCAAGAAGUAGGGGAGGCGGGGGGGGAGGACACCCCCGGACGCGUCCCCGCCGGGCCCGGGGCCGGCUGUGCCCCGGCACCCCCGCACCCCGAGUCACCCCCAGCGCCGGCACGGCAGGAGCUAUUUAAACUUAUUUAUUUCCUCAUCUCCGAGACGAAAAAGCUGCGAGGCCGCCGGCUCCCCCGGGAGAAGAGCCGCCCCUGCCCUUCCCUCCCAUCCCCUCCCUCCGCCCGCUGCGGUCCCGGCUUUGCUGUGCAUGGCUUCCAGUUACUCCUGCUCCGCUCAGCCACGCGGCCUUUGGGUUUGGUUUCAAUGUGGUUUUAUUUUAUUUUUUAUUUUAAUUUUAUUUUUUAUUGUUGUUAUUGAUUUGUUUUCCUGCCUCCUCCAACUUUUGCACAGGCCGAUGGAGGGUCGGGGCUGCUCUGCUCCCCCCGGGGUGACUCCGGUCGCAGCGGUUCUCCCUCAUUUCUCCGAGUCACUUUUCCUCCCCGGCCCCCUCGGCCGCGCCCCUGGGAAGGGGAUCCCGUCCUGAGCAGCUCUGGCUACGCAGGAGCAGGGGAGGGCUCUACCCUUGCCGGUACUUGUGUGCUCCCGGUCCCCUCGGGGGGCUCGGGGGACGGGGCUGUCCCCACACUGCUCUGCCCGGUGGCCAGGGAAGGUGGGGACACGGGGAGGGGGGAGCCCGUCCCUGUCCCCAGAUUUAUUUCCAGUCCCCUGCACUCCGCCGGACCUGCCGUGCCCCCGGCUGGGGACCCUGGUGACGAGGAACAGUGAGAGAAGGGCCAUCCCUGGGGGUGUUGGUGCCGGGUCCAACCACCACAAACACACCAAGAGCAGGGGGCUCCCGGGAGCAGGGCCCUUCCCCUGUCCCCUCUGUCCCCGUGUCCCUGUCCUGGCUGGGCAGGGCCGGAGGGAGGGACCAGGACACGGGGGGUUCCGCAGGGCAGGGGACAGGCUGUGCCCGGGUGGCAGGACCGUGACAGAGUCCUCCCCUGGAGCAGGCCGUGUGCUGGGGGCUCUGUGCCCUCCCGAGGGAUGCAGGAGACUCCCACAGGCAGGGUCCCCCUUGCCCUGAGGCCUGACGCUGGGGUGUCCCCUGUUGUGUCCCCGGCUGUGCCAGCCCGUGCCCGCUGCCAGCGCAGCCUGACCCAGCUCUCGGCCCGUCCUCAGCCGCUCCCAGGGGCUCUGCCGUCCUCCCUCAGCACACUGUGGGUCACAUCCUGCUGCUCACAGCCCCUGCCUCACCGCGGGGUGUCCCCCAUCACAGCCCUGGCUACUGAGCAGCGGCUGUGGCCGAGUCCCACUCCCUCCUGGGGCUGAGCCUGGCCUGAGGGACGAGCCCUGCUCCAUCCCUGUGUCCUGCCCUAUCCCAGGGCUGAGCCCUGCUCCACCCCCUUGCCCCCCUCUCCCAGCUCCUCCAGGAGCAUCCCCCAGUCCUGGGGCUGCCAGGGGAGCCCCUUGCCCCCCUCCCACCCCACUCGAGGCAGUUCCCUGGCACCACAAGACCCCUGAGCCCAGGGUCCCUGUCCCCACCACCCUCUCUGUCCCCAUCCCACACAUCCUGGGGGUGGGGAGGGGGCUGCUCCUGCCGAAGCAGAGGAGGAUGCACGAUGGGGGGAGGAAGAGGAGGCCGGGCAGAGGCCCCGGGGCCUUGCUUUAUGUCAGAGUAAUAUAUUUGUGUCUUGACAAUUCAGGAAGGGCUACAAAGGUGUUUUUUGUACCGUAGGUGGGAGUUAAACAAUUUCACUGUUGCUUUGGGAUAAGUGAAAAAUUCCUGUCAAUGACUUCAAGUGCCUGCAUUUCCCUGGGGACGGGGGGGACACGCUUGGUCCCACAGCCAGGGCUGCUGCCUGGGCACCCCAAUUCCUGGGCACCCUGAUUUGUGGGCACCCCAAUUAUGUGGGCACCCUGACUUGUGGGCACCCCAAUUCGUGAGCACACUGAUUUGUGGGCACCCCAAUUCUGGGGGCACCCCACUGUCAGGGGGCUUGGCAGGGUUGGGGCCAGAGCUGCUUGUGGUGGCAGAGACCUGUGGAUGCUUCUGGAGAAGGGGUUGGGGAUCCACCAACUGUUGACGCAUCUGCCAACUCUUGAUUUAAGGUGGUUUUUUGUUUUUGUUUUUUUUUUUUUUUGUCAUUUCAUAAAACUUUUCAAUCCAAUAAAGCAUGUAGUCUAUUUUACGA